UAACGUUAAUUACCGUUAGAGCACGCCAAGUCCGCUAUUAGCUAGCGUUAACGCUUCGUAAUCGUAUUAAACUAAACCGAGUGGUGUGGUUUCUAUUCCGGGCACACGCGAGGAGCCUGAAACGAAUAAGACCGGUAACCCGACGGUAGUUCACAGCAACUACCGUUAGUAGCCCCCUUCAAAGUAACGCUCGCGCCAACUUUAGCGUUAGCGUACCGCUAAUUAGCUACCAACUGGCGUUAGCACUCGGUGCUAAAUGGCAUUAUUCCCGUGUGUUUCCGUUUGAUAGUGUCACUCCGUGUACUUUGAUAAGCUGCUUUAAUGUAUUUGACGCUCCACAUCUCCCCACUACUCUUGAGCGAAAGAGUCGUUUUAUUUUGAAAAACGCACCCGGAAGCGGUUUGUUUUGCAUGACGGCUAACUAGUCGGCUUAACGCUGGUCUGUCUGGAGCAUCACAACAUUGUCCGGCCGCUUUGUUCGAGUGGACGGAAAGCAUCGCACUUAUCAUCGAUGAAGUGUGCAUGAAACACAGGCAAUGUCCGCCAUGGUGUACCCACGUGAAGAACCCCUGGAGCGACUGAGUCAGGAUGAGAUCGUCCUCAACACCAAGGCCGUGGUGCAGGGCCUGGAGACGCUGCGCGGCGAGCACGCCCAGCUCCUCAACUCGCUGCUGGACUGCACGCAGCCCCCCGCCGCCCAGGAGAAGUCCGGACUGCUUCGCAAGAGCAUGGAGGCCAUCGAGCUGGGCCUGGGAGAGGCGCAGGUGAUCAUCGCCCUGUCGAGCCACCUGAGCGCCGUGGAGUCGGAGAAGCAGAAGCUGCGCGCCCAGGUGCGCCGCCUGUGCCAGGAGAACCAGUGGCUGCGGGACGAGCUGGCCGGGACGCAGCACAAGCUGCAGCGCAGCGAGCAGAGCGUCGCCCAGCUGGAGGAGGAGAAGAAGCACCUGGAGUUCAUGAACCAGAUCAAGAAGUUCGACGACGACGUCUCGCCCUCGGAGGAGAAGAGCCAGAGCUCCGGCGGCGGCGGCGGAGACACUUCGAAGGACAGCCUGGAUGACCUGUUCCCCAACGACGAUGACCAGGGACCAGCUCAGCCCAGCGGAGAGGCGGCCGCCCAGCAGGGGGGCUACGAGAUCCCGGCUCGCCUGAGGACGCUCCACAACCUGGUGAUCCAGUACGCCUCGCAGGGCAGGUACGAGGUGGCGGUGCCGCUGUGCAAACAGGCCCUCGAGGACCUGGAGAAGACGUCCGGACACGACCACCCCGACGUCGCCACCAUGCUCAACAUCCUGGCCCUGGUCUACAGGGAUCAGAACAAGUACAAAGAAGCUGCUCACCUCCUGAAUGACGCGCUGGCCAUCCGCGAGAAGACGCUGGGGAGGGACCACCCGGCCGUGGCCGCAACCCUCAACAACCUGGCCGUCCUGUACGGCAAGAGGGGCAAGUACAAAGAGGCGGAGCCUCUCUGCAAGAGGGCGCUGGAGAUCAGAGAGAAGGUGUUGGGGAAGUAUCACCCAGAUGUGGCCAAGCAGCUGAACAACUUGGCCCUGCUGUGUCAGAACCAGGGCAAGUACGACGAGGUGGAGUACUACUACAGGCGGGCGCUGGAGAUCUACGAGUCCAAGCUGGGAGCCGAUGACCCCAACGUGGCCAAGACCAAAAACAACCUGGCCUCGUGCUACCUGAAGCAGGGCAAGUUCAAAGACGCAGAGUGUCUGUACAAGGAGAUCCUGACCAGAGCACACGAGAAGGAGUUUGGAUCCGUCAACAAUGACAACAAGCCGAUCUGGAUGCACGCAGAGGAGCGAGAGGAGAGCAAGGGUAAGCGCAGGGACUCCGGGCCCUACGUGGAGUACGGAAGCUGGUACAAGGCCUGCAAAGUGGACAGCCCCACCGUGAACACCACCCUCAAAAGCCUGGGCGCGUUGUACCGUCGUCAGGGGAAGCUGGAGGCAGCAGAAACCCUGGAGGAGUGCGGCAGCAAGUCCCGUAAACAGGGGAUCGACGCCAUCAACCAGAGUAAGGUGGUGGAGCUGCUGAAGGACGGCAGAGGGGGAGAGCGACGGCACAGCAGGGAGGGAAAUAACGGACAAGCGGGCCAGCGGGGGGACGGCGAGGGCGACGACUCCGCCGAGUGGAACGGGGACGGCAACGGGUCUCUGCGCCGCAGCGGCUCCUUCGGGAAGAUUCGCGACGCUUUGAGGAGGAGCAGCGAGAUGCUGGUGAAGAAGCUGCAGGGGAGCGGCCCACAAGAACCCCGCAACCCGGGAAUGAAGAGAGCGAGCUCCCUCAACUUCCUCAACAAGAGCACCGAGGAGACCACACAGGAAGCGAACUCGGGCCUGUCGGACUGCAGGGGACUGAGCGCCAGCAACGUGGACCUAUCCAGACGCAGCUCCCUGAUUGGCUAGUCCCAGACGGGAGGCGGGCCUCGGGAGACGCAAAGCGCCCCCCCCCCCACCCCGCCUACCCCACCUUGGUCCGAUACACUCGUAGCUCCAAGCGAGAUCAAACACUUGCAGCAUAUUUUCUUUUAGAGAACACAACAAAAAAAAAAAACCCGAGUCAUUCCCACACUAAACGUCGUCCUGUGAGACACCGAGUCGCUGUACAAACCGCCGCCAUCCGCCACUAGAGAGCGUUUAUACCCACGAAUCAGCAUGCCGCUUACUAGAAGCUCUGCACCCGAGCAGCGUCCUCCCAUCGCCGGCCAAACGUACGCCGUAUAUCUCACCAGUAGCACGAAGCGCCCGCUGAGCCCGACUGCAUUUCCCCGACGGCCGAGACGAUGCGACCCGCUCAAAAGGCGCACAAGACGACGCGAGCAAGGAGGCGUUCGCAACCAACCAUUCAAACCUCACGUUUUGCCUUUUUUUUAUGUAAAUACAGUUUUAAAUUAUUCAAAUCUUCAUUCUUUGUAUAUAGUGCACUUUUUCUUCUUUUCUGUUUACACUGACGGGUCAAAGAGGUUGAUGAGAGGGAGAGAAAGACGAGAGGAGAGGCAACACUGCUGAUACAUUUAGUAGCUCACUCUUUUAAAUCUGUCAUUUGGAAAAAUGGUUCCGUGUAAUCUGUUAGAACGUCACUCUGAGGAUUAAAUGUUUGUCUCCACUGCGCCUCCUACUGGUCACGGGACUGUCCAAGUCAUCCGCUUCUCUGUUGGUGGAAAAUCUAUUUAAAAGGCCCAUCGAUUUCAAUUUAAAUUGACAAAUAAUAAGUCAAAUCCAACACAACAAUCAUUCCUGCGAGGUCCCUUUUCCUCUCGUGGACGUGAUGAAGGAAAAAUACUGUCUGUUUGAAUCCGGAUGUUUGAUGCAUCAACGCAGCCGCGGCCUCCUGUUCACCGCCGUCAGCGGGAAUCCGUUUUCCUUCGUUUGCCGCCUCUGAAUGUGUGACGUGUUUGUACGAAGCAAUCGAAUGUUGUGCUUCUCCUGUUUUUUUAGAUCUGAGCUCUCAUGUGGAAAGUGCUGGAAACUGAUCAUUUGAAUGUUUGUUGGAUUUUCGGGGGUCCGGGGACCUUUUUUCUGUUUCUCUUCUCCCUCCUUGUGUUUGUGCAAACUCCACCAGAACACGAGCAGCACCAAGAGAACCGAAUGUACCCGUCUCAUUAUGCAGAGUCGCCUCAUCCCUUCCCGGCCUGUGAGGCCGUGUUUGUAAAGGAGCCUGAGCUGCUAAAGCAGGAUGAGAAGUGCUUUAAGUGUCGUCCGCAGCAAAUAAUGUACGGAAUGCUCCUUUUUGUGAAGACGUCGACACCGCGUAGCUGAGUGAUCGCGCUGUAGAUUUAAACUAUUUAAAGGUCCCAGCGGGUUCCUCUCCUCACCGACGCUAAGCAUCCCGCGCUGUGCUCAUAACCCGAUAACUACACAUUCAUGCAGUAAUGUUGCUCAUUUCAACAGCUGAGACACUGAAACAAAAACCAAAGUUUCAAACAAAUGUGAUUGUUUUUUUUGGUUCUCCAAUGCCCAAAUAUUUGAGGAGGUCAGUUUCCACACGUGCUGUAGUGCUGGAGACCCUGAUGGAUCUGAUCGUGAAGCCGUCGACCUGUAUUUUAUCAAAAAUGUUCAAUAAAUACAAACUCCACUUUUCAAACUAC